AUUUCCAUAUUUUUCAUCUCUCUCAAAGGCUAAUAAUCCACAGUGCAUUAGGUUAGUCAACUUGACCAACACAGACUAUGAAACUCCUCUUGCCUAUGACAAAGUCUUUGCUUCUCCCAUUCUCUCUAAUCCAUUUCAAUUUAUAAAUACCUCCUCCAAAUUUUUAUUUUUAUUUUGUUUUAUAAAAAGAGAGAGAGAGAGAAAGAGGUUAUAGAAAUAUACAUAGGAACUAAGAAGAAGAAAAGGUGGAUACUCCAUAAAAGUUAUAAUAGAAGGAAUGGAGAGGUAUGCAAAUCUCUUUAUCUCCUUCUCCUUGCUGUUCUUGUUCUUAAAUUACUCCUUGUUUGUUUGUAAGUCUAUGGCCUCAUCACUCCAACUCAACCAUGACCAAAUAAACAUCAUGGCAAAUCUCUCCAAGAGCCUCUUCCCAAAUUCAUACCAUAACUGGAACACCAGUGACCCAAAUCCUUGCCUUUGGGACAGGGUCACUUGCUCCGCCGGCACCUCGACCGUCGUGACCGGCCUCUCCCUCUCCAAUCUCAGUAUCCCCACUGCCGCCAAUGUCGGCGACUUCUUUAGCAUUCUUUGUCGCCUCGACACCUUACAAAACCUCGACUUCUCGCAAAACUACAUAGCCAUGAUACCUGAUUCGUUUUUCUCCAAUUGCACCGGCCUGUCCGGGUUGAAGUCCCUCGAUCUCAGCUCCAAUGAAUUGACCGGCCCAGUUCGUAAUUUCUCGAGCUUUGCCAGUUUGGAGACUCUGGACUUGUCCUAUAACUCCUUACAAGGAACUGUUGAAACCCAGUUGAGUUCCUUAUCCAAAUUGAAAAGCUUGAAUCUUGGCUCUAAUUUCUUGAUUGGAACCAUCCCCACUUUCAUCGUCGACGGUAGAAGAGUUGCGGUCUUUGAAGAGCUUGUGCUUUCGCAUAAUCAAUUCACUGGCACGAUACCCAGUGAGAUUUUUGAGUAUGAGAAUCUUACUAUGCUGGAUCUCAGAGGAAAUAGCCUAUCUGGGACUAUACCAGAAGAGAUUGAAAAGCUCUCCAAUUUGAAAACUCUCACCCUUUGUACGAAUCAACUGACCGGAAAAGUUCCGGCUACUUUAUCCAAUAUCACAACGCUCUUUCACUUCGCAGCUGACGGAAACAACUUAACUGGAAAUAUUCCAAGUAUUACCAAAUUUUUCGGUUUUUUGGAUCUCAGCUACAACAACCUUAGUGGGGAGAUCCCAUCUGAUCUUCUCGCAUCUCCUAAUUUGGAGUAUGUUGAUCUCUCUGGUAAUCGUCUCGGAGGGGCUAUUCCCACAAAUUUAUCUACAAGGCUUCAUCGCCUACGACUCAGUGGAAAUCUUCUCUCUGGUGUAAUCCCAACAUCAAUAGGAAAGCUCUCGAAAUUGGCACAUCUAAAAUUGGAUCAUAACAAUUUGUAUUCUGAGAUACCAUCACAACUGGGGAACUGCAGCAAUUUGGAACUCUUAGAUCUCUCUUCGAAUGCGCUAUACGGCGAGCUACCAAAGGAGAUUGGUAAUCUUCAAAAAUUAGAGGUGUUGGCACUUCAAACGAACAAUCUUAGUGGGGAGAUCCCUGUUGAAAUGCAUGAGCUACAGAGCUUGUAUAGAUUGAAUCUCAGUAGUAACUCAUUCACAGGAGAGAUAUUACCAACUAUUUCUAACUUUCAACAGCUUGCAUUCAUAGCCCUUCAGCACAAUAAGUUCUAUGGGUCAAUACCCUAUUCAGUCAACGGUUUGGAAUCUCUAAACGAACUCUACCUCGGUAGCAACUAUUUUAACGGAUCGAUACCAUCGUCCCUCGGUGAUUUACGCUAUCUAGAAAUUCUCGAUCUUUCAUGUAAUAAUUUCUCAGGUAAUGUACCAGAUUCCCUUUCCUUCAUGAAUAGAUUGAUAGAGUUGGUGCUUUCUUACAAUAAUCUCUCAGGACAUCUUGAUCUCUCAAGAUUUUUGCCAUCAGUGAAUGUCGUAACCAUUGGAAAUAAGGAUCUCAUAGUUCUGAAGGGAAGUACCGAAUCCAAUUCGCCCGAAAAUGGUGUUUUUGUUACAAACGAUUCAUCAAAAAGAAAGAUCCUGGUUGCCUUAGCCGUGGUUUCUUCUUUUGUGGCCGGUUUUUCUGUUUCAUUCUUCAUGUCUUCACUGACUUGGAAAUUCUUGAUUCGUAAACAAGCAGCUGAUGUGCAAGAUGAAGACAACCUUUCUGAUUUGAACAUCAGGAAUAACCUGCAGAUGGUACAAAGACUUAGAAGGUUUCACGAACGGUACUACUUGGGACAACUCACUACUGCAACAUAA